GUAGGAAUUUUUACACAACAAGGAAGUAUAUGGAAAACAAGGUCCCUCACAGAAAAAAACCAUUGUAAUCGUAGCUUUGUUUUUGACAGUUCUUAUAUACAAUUCUUAUUCGGCGUUUAUUACGUCUAUUUUAUCAGUUGAAGUGUAUAGUAUCCGUAGCAUCACUGAUUUGCUAGAAAGCGACUAUAAAAAUAGGAUACGCAAAGGACAGUCAAGAUGAAGAUUACUUGAGGUCAGUGAAUAUAAGCGAACUAAAACAAAUUUAUCUUAGAGGAUAUCUUCAAAACGAUAUUAGUAAUAUUUCAGAAGGAUUAAUUAAAGCAACAAAAGGGAAUUUUGCUCUUUUUGCUUCUGGUCAAGUGGCAAGAACUGAGUUAUAUAAUAUGACGAAAAAUAGAUGUAAAAUUUGAAAUUUAUGAAAUUAAAUUACAAUAUACAACAGAGUAUAUGGGAUUUAUUAUGUCUAAAAAAAAUCGACUUUCAGAAGAUUAAUAAAUUUAAGUAUUAUAAAAAUGUUCGAAACAGGAGUCUACAAACACAUUUAUUCAAUUAUCUACCCAGAUCUUCCACAAUGUUCUAAAACAAAAACUUUUCAAAGCGCAAGAUUAGCUGACCUCUCUACAGCCUUUUUUAUCGUAAUAUUUGGAUGGGUCGCCAGUCUUGGAAUCAUGAUUUCAGAAUGUAUAUGGAAGAAACGAAGCAAAAUUUAUCAUAAUCUGAAGAAGAGAAUUGCGAACAAUUUUGAUGACGUCAACAUUAAUAGUAACUUACAGUGUAGUAACAAUUUAAAUAAUCAUUUUGGAAAACCCAUGUAUCGCAUGUCUAAUACUAAAAAUACUUUGAUUUUACCACCGUCAAAAAAUAAUAUGAAUCAAUUCGAUUUCUUAAAUUGA